AUUGUUCCGUUGGUCGCCAAGCUGGUGGGCAGCAGCCCGCGCUACCACAGGGCCGAGAGCACCGAGUACAGCAUCCUGGUGAUUGGUGUGCCCAAUGUGGGCAAGUCAUCUCUCAUCAACUCCCUGCGGAGGCUGCACCUCAAAAAGGGGAAAGCCACCGCAGUGGGUGGCGAGCCAGGCAUCACCAAGGCGGUGCUGACCAGAAUCCAGGUCUCCGAGAAUCCCUUGAUGUACCUGGUGGACACGCCUGGCGUGCUGCCCCCCAAGCUGGGGGACGUGGAGACGGGCAUGAAGCUGGCGCUGUGUGGAGCCAUCCGUGACCACCUGGUGGGGGAGGAUAUCAUGGCCGACUACCUCCUGUACACCCUCAAUAAGCAGCAGCACUUCGGCCUCGCGCAGGGCAGGACACAGAAGGUGAAGGUGCUGACGGGCACAGGGAACGUUAACGUGACGAUGCUCAGCUAUCCGGCUGCUGCCUACGAAUUCCUGCGGGAUUUCCGGGCGGGACGCCUGG